AUGUUUCUCCGGUCGAAGAAAUUAUGGACGGUGCUUCUGAUUCUAUCGAUUUGGUCGCGAGUUUCAGACUCGUUGCACUUCGAAUUGAAUUCAGGUCGCACAAAGUGUAUCGCUGAAGACAUCAAGAGCAAUUCAAUGACUGUUGGGAAAUACAGCAUCGAUAACCCUCACGAAGGCCAGCCUUUGCCUCCAUCUCACAAGAUCUCUGUAAAGGUAACAACAUCCAACUCCGGGAACAGUUACCAUCACGCGGAUCACGUGGAUUCGGGUCAAUUCGCGUUCUCGGCAGUGGAAGCAGGAGAUUACAUGGCUUGUUUCUCUGCCGUUGAUCAUAAGCCUGAGGUUACACUGAGUAUUGAUUUUGAGUGGAGGACUGGUGUUCAAUCCAAGAGCUGGGCUACUCUUGCCAAGAAGAGCCAAGUCGAAGUCAUGGAAUUUGAGGUAAAGAGCCUUCUUGAUACUGUCAACUCGAUUCAUGACGAGAUGUUUUAUCUUAGAGAAAGGGAAGAAGAGAUGCAAGAUCUGAACCGGUCCACAAACACGAAAAUGGCAUGGCUGAGUUUCCUCUCUUUGUUCGUCUGCAUAGGAGUGGCAGGGAUGCAGUAUUUGCACUUGAAGACGUUUUUCGAGAAGAAGAAGGUCAUCUAA